AUGUUUCGAAGAGAAUUCUACCCAUCAAUGAAAUUCAAUAAGAUCAGUCGUGCUUAUAGCACCGGCGUAACACAAGAGUUCUUGCAGAACAUUUUAGCAAGAGCACAAGAAGCUACAGCUAAAAAAAGUGUUACCGGUAAUAAGAGCGCUCCAAAAACAAACUGGAGAAAUAGCCGGAAAUCUUCACAAAGAGCCAAUAGGUCGAGUCAAAAUGCCUCCAAUGGCAAUUCUGAUGCUCAGCGACGUUCACCAGUCGGCGUUGUUUCAUCCCGUAUGCAUCCAACUGUCAAUCAUAAUAUAGUGAAUAAACAACCCCAAUUUCAAAGAAAAACUAUAAAUGACGGAAAGAAUGCCGCUCUUGGUGAUGAUUUAAUUGAUGCUUUUGAGAGUACAAAGUCGAAUACUUUAAGUAGAGCUAGAAGCAAAUCUACCGACUCAAAUUAUAGAAGGAACAACAGACAUAGAGAUGCGCCAGGAUUCCAAAAAAAGUCAAAAGAUAAUAAUAAGCGCCUUGAAAUUUCUGCGGCAACGUCUAGAGUGGUUCAAGAUGCGUAUGUGCCCCAGGAACCCACUCCUUUGUCAUUAUUGAGGUUUCAUGCUGAUUUGCCAAACACGGCUUCUUCACGGCUAGUGAACUAUUAUUUGGAUGUAAUGAAGUCCGCAAAUUUCCCGCUAUUCAGACGUCUAAAUUAUGGAGUUCUCACAAGGGCCGAAGAGCCUCCAAAAAAUUUGGCAUAUAACAUCAACACACCUUUUUUUGGUAAAUAUACGCCAGCAUCAUCAUUGAUCCUUGAAAGAGAAAAGCUGUUCAAAAAUUUAGUUAUGAGUGAAGAUAGAUCAAAAUUUGACUCUAUGGUGUCAGGAAAAUACCAAGAGUUGAAGCAUUUAGAGAAGAACCAAUUUUCAGGCUUGACGAAAUCCGAUAAAAAGAAGCAAGAGUUCGAAUAUAAUGCCGAUGUGGUCAGGCGUGGUUUAGAAAGUAGCAUUGUGGAUCAAGAGAUAAAAGAAAAUGCCUACCAAGUUUGUACCGGUUUAAGGCAUCUAUCGGAACUUUAA